UACCGGAAGUUGAAUAAACGUGAAAAUAAAAGUUGAUCAGUUGAUAACCUGUCCGAUUAUUUGGGUUUAUGCAUAACUGCUAGGCUGCCUCAUCACUGAUGGUAUCAAGAAUAUUCUAAUGAGGGACUGUUGACAUAAUCAUUCCUUGACAGAUACAACUAAACGAUGUCGUUACGAUCGAAAAAAUCUUCUGCAUUUUCUGUGUUCAGAAACAAAAAGGGUGGGGCUUAUAAUAUCCCAGAUGAAGAAGUAAAGUCAAGCCGCUUGAAAACAAAGGCAUCAAGUGCUCCAGAUUUAUCAAACCAACCAGUUCAGGAUGAAAAGCCACCUAAACCAGAAAAGCCAAAAAUGAGAAUAUUCAGCACACCCACUUUACGAAAAAGCAAAAAUGAUGACUCAUCAAAGAAAUCAAGUGGAAAGAAGAAAUUGGAAAAAGUUGAGAAAGCUGAGUUUAAAAGAAUAAAGAAAGCCUUGAAAGAUGCAGAACGUAAAGGUUCAUUCUCCAAGAUGAACACAAGGGCUUUCCUUCCCGAUUCUGCGCUCCAAAGCCCUUUAUCCAGUAUAAAUGGCAGUUUAAAGAAACGAGUGACGUUCAAUGAUGAAUCUGGCAUAGUAGGAAAUAAACCAAGAAGCAGACCUCCUAUUACUGCAGUAUUUCCAGAUGCAGAGAAUGGAUUCGAUGAAACUGAUGAUGUCACAAAUGAUGCCCCAGAGAGGCCCCCAAGACCUGGUAGUAAACACAAUUUAGCUGAAAAUGCCAAGGAAGCCCCACCAAUUCCACCAAAAAAGCGUAGAAGAAGCAAUGAGAAAAGAGAGGGUGAUGGUGACACCAGUACCAUGACUCUGACGGACUUAGAACCAUUACCCAAAUCAGGCGCCCCCUAUAUGUAUGACAGUACACACGAGGCUAAAAAGCUGUUUGAAUGUAUGAUUCAUCCAGUCAAGGUUGAUAAAUUUUUCAGUGAACUAUGGGAACAGAAACCUCUGCUGGUAAAACGACACAUGAAGAGUUAUAAUGAUGGCUGGUUCAGCACAGCUGAGCUUGAGAAAAUAUUAAAAGAGGAAGAUAUUCAAUUUGGUAGAAACAUAGAUGUCACCACAUACACCAAUGGCAAGAGAGAGACACACAACCCACAUGGUAAAGCCUAUGCCCCUAUUGUAUGGGACUACUACCAGAAUGGCUGUUCUGUGAGGUUCCUUAACCCUCAGACCUACUCUAGAAAUGUCUGGAAGCUUCUCUCCACAUUACAGGAAUACUUUGGUAGUUGUGUUGGUGCUAACAUCUAUCUGACACCCCCUGGAUCUCAAGGUUUUGCCCCCCAUUGGGAUGACAUUGAGGCAUUCAUUCUACAACUUGAAGGAAGGAAGCAUUGGCGCCUCUAUAGUCCAAGAAGUGACAAUGAAAACCUACCUCGUGAGUCAAGUGGCAACUUCCAAGACACUGAUCUGGGAGAGAGCAUACUGGACAUUGAACUGGAGGCUGGGGAUCUCUUAUAUUUCCCCAGAGGUAUAAUUCAUCAGGCUGACACACCAAAUGAUACCCACUCCUUACAUAUCACAGUGUCAACUUAUCAGAAAAAUAGUUGGGGUGAUCUACUACAAACGUUAGUGCCUCGUGCAUUAAGUAUAGCUAUGGAAGAGGAUGUAGAGUUCAGGAAAGGCUUACCAAGGGAUUACCUGAACUACAUGGGAAUAGCUAAUGCUGAUUCAGAGCACCCAGAGAGGAAGGCAUUUUUACGCAAGAUGGAAACAUUGAUGUCUAAACUACUCUCUCAUGCACCAGUAGACUCUGCGUGUGACCAGAUGGGCAGACGUUUCAUACACGAAAGCUUACCCCCUGUUCUCACUGAAGGUGAGAAAUCAUGCAGUAUCCAAGGUAACGGAGACAGGUGGGAUGAAGAGAGACAUACGAUUGUCAACUCUGUAGAGCUAGAACCAGACACUCCUGUUAAAAUAAUUAGAAAAGGUGCUCUCAGGUUGGUGUCAGAAGAGGAGAAUGUUCUCAUUUACCACACGUUAGAGAAUGCAAGAGUUCACCAUGGGGCUGAGCCCCAAAUGAUUGAAAUCACCCCUGAGGUGGCUCCAGCUGUUGAAUAUCUGAUUCAAACAUAUCCUGAAUACACAACAAUAGACAACCUUCCAUGUAACACUCUACAGGAAAAGAUGGACAUCUCAUCACUGCUUUAUGACAAAGGACUUAUAAUAACUGAAGACCCCUUAGUACCUGAUGAUGAAGUAUCUGACAUAGAAGGGGAUUAGGCAUGAAUUAAACAUUGAAUAUUUCUUGUAAAAUAAAGUGCUAACCCUGUGUGUUCUUGUCAUGAGAAGAAUAGUCUCAUUUACAGUGUAUUCUUGUCAUGACUAAAAAUGAUUGGUGCAAAAUAUGAAUCGAUACUGUAUCAGUGCAUUUCAUUAUGGAUAGUAAAGUAUUUUGUUUCUUCAAAGGAAGAGGGUCAUUGUUGUAUUAUUAUGAAUGAGUCUGAAUCAUAAACUGUGCUUUUGUUGUACUGCAAGUAGGCCUGUUGAUACACUUUAUGCGGUGUAGCUUUAAUGAUGUACAGUUGAAGAAUGUACAGUAAAACUAAAAC